UAUAAUAUUUGAUCUGUGAUUCUAGUAUUUCAAGUAUAAUACUUGAUUUUCUUAACCUAUGGUGUUACAAUUCCGAGCAUAAUACUUGAUAGAUCGUUAAUGUGUGUGGUGCUAUUGGUAAAAGUAAUUUAUACUAGUAAAAUUGAAACUAGUAGUCACAUAGUUGGACUUAGAGCAGACUCGGCUUGGGUUCUAAAUUGUUUGUCUAAGCCCGACAUGAAGUCGGCCAGACUUGCAUAUCUUUGCGUGGGCGUUCAUGAAGGCUCAACCAAUCGGACUGAAAACCCCACUAGCCCAACACGCGUAUCUUUGUUCUCUCGGGGUUGACCCGUUCACAGUCUCAGCAAGCUCUGCCCUGGAACUCUCAUACGCUGAUGAAAGCUCCCAUCCCUGCAAGCCCCCCGAGACCCAUGCUUCAAAUCUAGAAAAAAACCUCCCAUUUAAUCCCGAAAAUGAGGCUAACCCGCUCUCCUCGGCCUCUCACAACCCCUCACUUUUUCCCGAAACAGAUAUUUUCUUCUACAUCCAAAUUCUCCACUCAAGAUAAUGACGACAAAAAAAAAGACACCCAGAUCAUUUCCAACCUCAAACUCAUUGUACGAGGAAGACAAAGCUGGAAGAUCGCAUUAAACGACACGGUUUUCCUAAAGCCUCAGCACGUCGAGGAAGUGUUGAUCCAAACCUUGGACGACCCGAGGUUAGCUUUAAGGUUCUUUAACUUCCUUGGACUCCACAGAAACUUCCACCAUUCAACGGCGUCGUUUUGCGUAUUGAUUCACGCUUUAGUUAACGUCAAUCUCUUCUGGCCCGCCUCCUCGCUUUUACAAACGCUUUUGCUUCGUGGGUUGAGCCCAAUUGAGGUUUUUGAAGCUCUUUCGAAGGCUUAUGAGAAAUGUAAGUUUCAUUCGAGUUCGGGUUUUGAUUUGUUGAUUCAAAAUUAUGUGCAAAAUAAGAGAGCUUUUGAUGGUUUAAUGAUAUUUAGGUUAAUGAGGAAGUUUGAUUGUUAUUUAUUUCCUGAAAUUAGGACUUUAAGUGCUCUUUUAAACGAUUUAGCAAAAAUAAGGCAAUUUGGUGUUGUUUUGGAAGUGUUUGAUGAGAUUCUUAAAGCCGGAAUUAGGCCUGAUAUUUUUAUAAACACAGUGGUGAUUCGUAGUUUGUGUGAAUUGAAGGAUUUUGUUAGAGCUAAGGAAAUGGUUUGUCAAAUGGAGUCGAAUGGGAGUGAGUUGAAUGUGGUUGUUUACAAUGUGUUUAUUCAUGGGCUUUGUAAGAGUCAGAGGGCGUGGGAGGCGGUUGAGAUUAAGAAUGGUUUGGUUCAAAGGGGGUUGAGAGCAGAUGUUGUCACGUAUCGUACAUUAGUUCUUGGCUUAUGCAGAGUGGAAGCAUUUGAUGUUGCUUUGGAGUUGAUGAAGGAAAUGAUGGAGUUGGGUUUUCUUCCCAGUGAAGCUGUAGUUUCAAGUCUAGUUGAUGGGUUGAGGAGGAAGGGGAAGAUUGAGAAUGCCUUUGGUUUAAUAAAGAAAGUGGGGGAACUUGGGGUAGCACCUAAUUUGUUUGUUUACAAUGCAUUGAUUAAUUCAUUGUGCAGAGAUGGGAAAUUUGAUGAAGCAGAGUUGCUUUUCAAUGAAAUGGAAAGCAAGGGUUUAAAUCCAAAUGAUGUUACUUAUUCUAUUUUGAUUGAUUCAUUUUGUAGAAGAGGGAAAAUGGAUAUUGCACUUAGUUUUCUCGGUAAAAUGAUGGUGGCAGGCAUAAAAGUAACAGUCUAUCCCUACAAUUCUUUGAUCAGUGGGCAUUGCAAGGUAGGAAAUUUGAGUUUAGCAGAGUCUUUUCUCAGUGAGAUGAUUAACAAAGGAUUGCAGCCAACAGUGAUAACUUAUACAUCAUUAUUAAGUGGAUAUUGUAAUGAAGGGAAAUUGCAUAAGGCAUUUAGGCUCUAUCAUGAGAUGACAGGGAAGGGAAUUGCACCGAACACUUACACAUAUACCGCCCUUAUAUCUGGCCUUUGUCGAGCAAAUAUGAUGGCUGAGGCAAUUAGAUUGUUUGGUCAAAUGGUAGAGAGAAACAUUGUGCCAAAUGAAGUGACAUAUAAUGUUCUGAUUGAGGGGCGUUGCAGGGAUGGUAACAUGGUAAAGGCCUUUGAAUUGCUUGACGAAAUGGUAGAGAGAGGUCUUGUGCCUGACACAUAUACUUAUAGGCCUUUAAUAAGUGGUCUUUGUGCUACUGGUAGAGUGUCGGAAGCCAAAGAGUUCAUGGAUGGCCUUCACAGAGAUCAUCAUAAGUUGAAUGAGAUGUGCUAUAGUGCACUCUUACAUGGUUAUUGCAAGGAAGGAAAAUUAGAGGAUGCGUUGAGUGCAUGUCGUGACAUGGUUGCACGAGGCAUUGACAUGGAUCUUGUGUGUUAUGGUGUACUUAUUGAUGGAACUCUAAGACAGCAUGACACACAAAAGUUAUUUGGUCUUUUAAAGGAGAUGGAUGAUCAAGGAUUGAGCCCUGACAAUGUGAUAUAUACGAGCAUGAUUGAUGUGCAUGGUAAAGCAGGAAAUCUUAGGGAGGCUUUUGGGCUUUGGGAUAUUAUGGUUGGUGAAGGAUGCAUUCCAAAUGUUGUGACAUAUACUGCUCUGAUAAAUGGCUUAUGUAAGGCAGGGUUCUUGGAUAAAGCUGAGCUUCUUUGUAAAGAAAUGCUGGUCAGUAAUUUGCUUCCAAAUCAGACAACCUAUGGUUGUUUCGUUGAUCGUCUCACUAAGGAAGGAAAUAUGGUGAAAGCUGUAGAGCUUCACAAUGCAAUUGUUAAAGGGGUUUUAGCUAACACAGUCACAUACAAUAUACUUAUCCGUGGCUUUUGUAAAUUGGGUAGACUUCAGGAGGCCAUGGAGCUUUUAGUUGGAAUGACUGACAAUGGUAUUUUCCCAGACUGUAUUACUUAUUCAACUAUAAUUUAUGAGCACUGUAGAAGGGGUAGUUUACAGGAAGCUAUUCAGCUGUGGGGCUCUAUGCUAAAUAAGGGUAUAAAGCCUGAUACACUGGCAUAUAAUUUUUUGAUACACGGUUGUUGUGUUGCUGGAGAACUGAAAAAGGCUUUUGCAUUGCGUGAUGACAUGUUGAGAAGAGGUGUUAAGCCAAAUCAGAUUACAUAUGAUACUCUUGUUCAUGGAACUCGUUUGAAGAAUUCUUGUAUGAACAAUGAUGGAUAGUAAGCAUGUUUGAAAAACGUUUUUUUGUGAUACAAAUUUUUUGACAGGAAACUGAACAGAGUUCCAAAGACCUGUUGUUAAGGGGCUGGCCUUAAGAGAUGAUAUCAUUAAAAUUCUCGACCAAAAUGAAUGAUGGUUUAAGCUUAAUCGACUUCCUCAGGAAAUGACAGGUUCAUCCACUCCACUGCCAAAAAGAAGACAGUAUUCUUUGGAUAGUCUUCCUGUAUAUUACCAUAAAGUUGUAAAGUAAGAGGAUGUAGCAUACGCCUGUAAGGAUGGCGAAAAAGUUUACUGAAGCCUUACCAUUCAUUAGAUCAAAUGUAAGUUGUAAUAAGCUCAACAAGGGCCUCCCUUGCUUAUUGGUUGAUAACUUCCACUGGCAAUAGUUUGAUUCAACAGGGCCACUUUGUGGGAAAGUGAAUCUGCAACUCUAUGCUUUCUA